GUUUUCUGUGAGUCAGAAAGAGAAGGGUGUUGAGUAGAGCGAAGAUGCCUGAACCAGCGAAAUCCGCGCCUGCUCCCAAGAAGGGAUCCAAGAAGGCGAUCACAAAGACCCAGAAGAAGGGAGACAAGAAGCGCAAGAAGAGCAGGAAGGAGAGCUACUCCAUCUAUGUCUACAAGGUGCUGAAGCAGGUCCACCCAGACACCGGCAUUUCCUCCAAGGCCAUGAGCAUCAUGAACUCCUUCGUGAAUGACAUCUUUGAGCGCAUUGCUGCUGAGGCCUCCCGCCUGGCGCACUACAACAAGCGCUCCACCAUCACUUCUCGCGAGAUCCAGACCGCCGUCCGUCUCCUGCUUCCUGGAGAGCUGGCCAAGCACGCUGUCUCUGAGGGCACCAAGGCCGUCACCAAGUACACCAGCUCCAAGUAGAACUACCAACUGCCUUGGUUUGAGUUGGCUUCUACCACUUGGAAACUAAAUAGACCCAAAGGCUCUUUUAAGAGCCACCC